CUUUCGGCAGCGAGCGGCUGCAAGAUGGCGGUACAGAUUUCCAAGAAGAGGAAGUUUGUGGCUGAUGGCAUCUUCAAAGCCGAACUGAAUGAGUUCCUCACUCGGGAGCUGGCCGAAGAUGGCUACUCUGGAGUCGAAGUCCGAGUUACACCAACCAGAACAGAAAUCAUCAUUUUGGCCACCAGAACACAGAAUGUUCUUGGGGAGAAAGGUCGUCGCAUCAGAGAGCUGACCGCAGUGGUUCAGAAGAGGUUCGGCUUCCCUGAAGGCAGUGUAGAGCUUUAUGCAGAGAAGGUAGCUACAAGAGGUCUGUGUGCCAUUGCCCAGGCUGAGUCUCUGCGUUACAAACUGCUAGGAGGGCUUGCUGUGCGAAGGGCCUGCUAUGGUGUGCUUCGGUUUAUUAUGGAGAGUGGGGCCAAGGGCUGCGAGGUCGUGGUGUCUGGGAAGCUCCGAGGACAGAGGGCCAAGUCCAUGAAGUUUGUGGAUGGCUUGAUGAUCCACAGUGGGGACCCUGUUAACUACUACGUUGACACCGCCGUGCGCCAUGUGCUCCUCAGACAGGGUGUGCUGGGCAUCAAGGUGAAGAUCAUGCUGCCCUGGGACCCCAGUGGUAAGAUCGGCCCCAAGAAGCCUCUGCCUGACCACGUGAGCAUCGUGGAACCUAAGGAUGAAAUCUUGCCCACCACGCCCAUCUCAGAGCAGAAGGGUGGGAAGCCAGAGCCGCCUGCCAUGCCCCAGCCCGUGCCUACGAGUAACAACAAUGAAGCCUUAUCCAGACAACAGGACAUCAGGGAAAAGCUUCACCAACUGCUGCCCAAAGACAGAAAGGGCCACAUUGAAGUGAGAGUGAAAACACAGAGAAUGGGAGUGUUAAAAGUGUAG